CGUCUAGCUGCUUUGAGCAACGCCGGCCGCCGUGUUAAGCUCGAUCUAUUUGCGGAACCCUCUGAUUUGGGUGGCUCCACAGUACAUGAAGAAGUCGAUGGGGAACCAAAACAUGGUUCUGGGUUGCCCAAUUCACCAUCUUCUUCAGGUGGGUUCUGUCAGUUUUCUUCAAAAGGACUAUGUAGAGAAGGCAUGAGUGGUCUACAUUUUUUUGGUGGAAAUAUGGAAUCUAUGCCAGACAUAUUAUGUUGUUUGCCCCCAGAAUUUGUUUUCAGAUUGUAGGGUGUGGCUGUGGUCUUGGGAACAUUCAUACAGAACUGAUCGGGGCCCUACCAAUGUGAUAUUUUGAAUGAGUCCCAAUCUGUUAUGCUCUAUUUCGCUGCAUCAAAGCGUUUUGCAGAUUUCUUCUGGAAAAUUUUAUCUCUCGGUCAACAACCACCAAACCCUUUGCUGUUACUUGGCCAGUACAGUGAUGAUGAAUUGGACGAUGAGUCAGAGAAAAGACUAGAACAUGGCACUUUAGAUGGUUCCUUAUCUGACCAUGACGACCAGGCUAAGGGACCUCUCAGUGAGACCUGCAAAGACAUGGAAGUUGAUGCAGGAGGUCGUGAUACUCUGAAGGUCAAUCAACAGAACACAGAGAGAGAUUCUACUCCAAAUGCUAUCCAGAACUUGGUGGGUGUUGAUAAUAGAGAAGGAGAUAUUGAUGAUGCUAGUGAAUCAGUCAAGAAGAAUGAUUCUACAGAACAAAUAUCUGUUGCUGGAACUUCUGAAGUACAGGUCAUUGGAGAUGUGGGUUCAGGCUGGAGGAUUGUAUUGCAUGAAGAGAGUAAUCAGUAUUACUACUGGAACAUUGAAACUGGUGAAACUUCAUGGGAGGUGCCUAAUAUUUUGGCCCCAAUAAACCUAUCAACUUCUGACCAGAUGGCUCCUACUGUUGAAAAUAUGGAGACUGCUCAAGUGGGUACACAAGAUUUCAAAUCAACUCUAAGUGCCCAACCAACUGGUGGCAAUUUGAUUCCUCAAAAUAAUGAGCCGCAGUUAGAUGAGCAGGAUGGUGGAUGUAAAAGUGAAGCUCUGAAAGAUAACAAUUGGACCUCUGAUGUCAAUAGAAGUGAAUUUCAAAGUAGCUCAGAUGCUGUUGAUGCUCAUUUGACUGAUGGGAGUUUAAGUGGCUCUGGGAACUAUGUACAAAAUUUUUUAGCUAAUGAUGAAAAUAAAUCAGGAAUUGAUCUCUCUACUCAUCUUUUGAAACAGGGGAAGUGUUUGCUAGAGAGAAUGAAGUCACUAAAAGUGUCUGAAGACGACCUGCAAGGUCAGGGCUGGAUGUCUAAUUGUAUUUUAGAAGUUGAGAUUAGACUUUCUGAUAUCAAGUCAUUGCUUUCAUAUGGAUCAUCUUUAUUACCUUUUUGGGCACACUGUGAAAGGAAGCUAAAACAGCUUGAGGGUAUUAUUAAUGAUAAAAUUUACCAGCUUGCAAAAUCAGCCGUUAUGGAAGAGGGUGAAGAAACUCCUGCCUCUUUUGGAGAAAAGCUUAAGUCAGAGGAAAGUACGCACAAUGAAGUUGAAGCAGAUGGAAAUGGUUACAGUCCAAUUUCUUCUACACCUGACGUUUCUCAUGUUUCUACUGAUGUUGACACAUUGACAGUAGUCAAUAGUGAUUCAAAAAAUCCAGUUCCCUCCAGCAAUGCUGCAUGUAUGGUAAAGGUUCCUUCUUUUGGAUCACCUACUGAACAUGUUGAAAGUCAAGCCCAAAUAGGUCAACUGGUGAAUGAAGAUACUCUUUCUGGUGAAGCUAAUUCUAAGACUGGAGUGCUCGCUGGAGAGGAUGUUGACAUGGAUGUGGACAUGGAAGUUGAAGAGUCAAUCCCAGCAAGCACCAUGUCCCUCAGAGAUGUAUCCCCCACCACCCUGGAGCAACCAAAUCCAACUGCUGAUUACUCAGCUGUUCCUCCACCUCCAGAUGAGGAGUGGAUUCCUCCACCUCCUCCUGAUAAUGAACAAGUUCCACCACCUCCUCCUGAUAAUGAACAGGUUCCUCCACCACCACCUGAUGAGCCUCCUGAACAUUCAUAUCCUCCUCCCCCAUCUUAUGCAGAGUCUGUGCCUCUCACCUAUGCAGAACAAUACAACCUAACCUAUUCUGAUUCCAGUUAUCAGUAUUAUGGACAUGCAGUUAGUGAAGUCCCAAUCGGUAGUUUCUAUGGACAUUCUGAUGGAAGUCAAGUUGCUGCACCCCAAGCCUCAAUUUACUAUCAAGCAGUUCCGAACACAUAUUCUGAAAGUGCACCAAUUACUGUUAAUCCUGUUGAACCUGUGACAUUUUAUGACCUUCAAGGCGGAGGGGCAACUUGUGUGCCUGUAGCUGUUGGUACAGAAUCUACUCAGUUGUACAGUGAAGCUGGCACUAUAACAUACAAUACUCUUGCUUCAAGUCAAGUUCGAUCUGAUGAUGAACUUGCAGUAGCAGGACCUGGUGUGAGAGGCGAUGUUCCUACUGUUGGUGAUAAGACUGAAGUAGCAUCAGCGGGGAUCUCUUCUACUUUGGCCACUAUUGAAGCUCCUGCAACCAUUUCUGUUAAAGAAAGUUUUGCUGCUGCUGCUGCCGCCGCUGCAUCUGCCGCAGUUGCAGCUUCAUCAUCAGGUCCAAAGGUUCAAUCUAAAGCUGCACGAAGUAAAAAACGGACAGUUGCUGCCACAUCCUCCUUGAGGUCUAAUAAGAAGGUCUCGAGUUUGGUGGAUAAGUGGAAAGCUGCCAAAGAGGAACUGCAUGAGAAUGCAGAAGAUGAGCCAGAAAAUCCCUAUGAGAUGUUGGAAAGAAAGCGACAACGGGAAAUAGAGGAAUGGCGUGCCCAGCAAAUUGCCAGUGGAGAGGCUAAAGAUAAUGCAAAUUUUCAGCCUUUGGGUGGUGAUUGGCGUGAGAAAGUAAAGCGGAGGAGAUCACAGAAGGCCAAAGGAGCUGCAGAGACUCCCUCAGAGGUGGUUCCUGAUGGAAACCAACAACCUGAUUUAGAUGAACUGUCAAGAGAUCUUCCUUCUGGAUGGCAGGUAUAUGUUGCACUGUUUUCCCAGCAUUGGUUGCUUAUUUCGAGAGGCUCUAAAGUUCUGUUAUAUGCUCUAAUUGAAUUUCCUCAUUUGCUUGCUGUUUUCUUCCACCAGGCUUAUUGGGAUGAAACUUCGAAACAGGUCUACUAUGGGAAUGUCAACACCUCGGAGACAACUUGGAUUAGACCAACAAAAUAAAUUUGAGAUGCACCAUCAGUUUUUCUUGUUUUCAUUCUUUGAGUUGAAUCAAUGUAGUGUUUCACGUUUUUUUUUUGCCCUCUUCAUUCGUACGGAAUUUACCCAAAUGUAUAUCUUUCUAGAGGCAGAUUAGGAAUGGGAAUGAAUCAGGCAUUUUAACCUAAUGGUGGAGACCAGUCAUUGGUAGUUUGUUUUGAGGGUUUCUUUUCUAUCGUCCAGGCUUGUUAUUCUUAAGCCUUUUUUGGCCCACAUUUGACAUUUCGAAUCAAACUCAAGGACUCCAUGGACAGUCAACUUUCUUUCUAUUGGAUACCCCUCCACCCGAAGAAAUUGAACGUGAAAGCACAGGAGAAAAUGAGAGAAUGCUGAGAGAUGCAAGGGAAGUAAGAGGCCAUGAAAGCCUGCGAAAGAAAGGAAAAAGAUAGUACAAAGCAAAUUUCUCAUGCAAUUCGAUAAAAUAGACAGUUCUGAUGAACAUUUAACCCAUUAAAGCUAACUAAAUACACCUUGCGACUUUUGAUACGUUAAUUUCAGGAGAUCACAACUGCAUCACCGUGCAACAACAGUUUGAGUACUCAAAAAGCUUUGGUACAGGGAGCCGCUUUGGGAGCAGCCUACUGAGCUUAUUAGAAAUCACUGAUGGGUUCAGAUUUGGUGGUACCAAGCAAAGCAAGGUUUGAUCCGACAGAGCCUCCCCUUCUCAUGCCAGAAGCUCUAUGGUGUCGGCACCUGAAGGACCCAGCAUGCGUGGUCGGAGAACAGAGGCAGUUCCACCUUCCUCCUGCUGGCUUGGUUCCUUCUCCUUGAGGCGAGACAUGCAUAGAUGAAUCCCUCUUGAUUUCAUCCAAGUUGAUUUCUGGUACAGAGAACUUACUGUUCUUGCCCUUCAAGUCAAUCUUUGGUGGCUUUGCUUCCUCCCUCUCGUCCAUGGUUUCCUUUUGGUGUAAACUUCAAAGAAUAUGCAAAAAACAACUUUAUAGUCACAUGUCAAUGAAUCAACAGGAUCAAAAUCCUGAAAAAUGAUUGCUUGCUUUUUAA